CCACCGUGGGCGGGGCUUCGACAGCAGUCCCCCUCGUCAAUAUGGAGUACAGAAAAUAGCGUUAUUCACUCCUCAUCACUCUGUCCUCUCUCGGAUUGCUCUGAAUUCUUCCACACUAGGCUUGAACUAUUAAAUUCUCUUCGUAGAUACCAGUUCCCAGGACUCACUAACAAACAUUUCGACCUAUAGUUUCGAUGUAGUGAGCCAUCUAGCGUGCUGAUGGCAGUAAAACUGCUGUAACGCUGCAAAAACUCUGAAAUCCUCCGCCCUGGAUCCGCUUUUUCUCCACGCUGGGAUGACUAUUUGAUUAUUAGCUCGAUAAUUUCCUCGAAAGCAAACAAUUACUGUGGACCGGCGGGGCUAUCGGGGUAAAAGGUGACAUUACGUCAGUCUAUUGACCCGUAGAAUGCACAAUGCAGCUAGUGUGUCAGCCUCUCUGGGGUCCCUGGGACUGUUGCGUCUGGUUGGGGUGUCCUGGUCCUGGAGCCUGGCUGCAGGCCUCGGGGUCUACCUUGGCACAAGAACCUGGAAAUAUUUCUACAUUGCAGUGCGCACAGCAAAAAGAGACCUCACUGGCCUGUAUGUGCUGUUGAGGGUGAAGAUGGCUCUAUGGCGUUACAUGCGCAGUGGAAGCACAAUUCCUUCCAUCUUUGCCCAGACUGUGAAACUCCACCCGAAUAAACCAGCACUGAUCUACGAGGCCACAGGGGAAACAUGGACCUUUACCCAGCUGGACGAGGUCUCAAAUGCAGUGGCCCACUGGGCAAGAAGUCAAGGAUGGGUGUCUGGGGAUGUCGUGGCCCUCUUUUUGGAAAGCCGACCUUUGCAAGUGGCACUUUGGCUGGGCUUGGCCAAAGUCGGGGUGGAAGCUGCACUCAUCAACUUCAGCCUCCGCUGUGAUCCCCUUUUGCACUGCAUUGGGGUGUCAGAGUCGCGGGCGAUUGUGUUUGGAGCUGAGCUUUCUGACGCCAUGUUGGAGGUCAAUUCUUCCAUCAGCCAGUCCAUGGUACGGUUUUGUACUGGAGACCUGAGUGCAGAACAUCUGGCUUGUCUGGGUGCUCAACCUCUGGACCCGAUUCUAGCUACUGCAUCUAGACACCCCCCUUCACCUUGUGUUCCCCCUAAAGGCAUGAAUGACCGGCUGUUUUAUAUUUACACCUCUGGGACCACAGGACUGCCUAAGGCUGCUAUUGUGGUACAUAGUCGCUACUACAGAAUUGCAGCUUUUGGGUACUUUGCCUUUCGCAUGCGUCCUGACGACAUUAUCUAUGACUGCUUGCCUCUCUAUCACUCAGCAGGUAAUAUUAUUGGAGUUGGUCAGUGUCUGAUCCAUGGUCUCACCGUGGUAGUGAAGAGGAAAUUCUCUGCUAGCCGCUUCUGGGAAGAUUGCAUUGAGUACAACUGCACUGUUGUGCAGUAUAUCGGUGAAAUCUGCCGCUACCUCCUAUCUCAGCCAGUCCGGCCAUCUGAGAAAAGCCACAGAGUUCGUCUGGCAGUGGGGAAUGGAUUACGCCCCAGUGUGUGGGAAGCCUUUACAGAGCGUUUUGGGGUGAAGCAGAUUGGCGAGUUCUAUGGUGCAACAGAAUGCAACUGCAGCAUUGCCAACAUGGAUGGCAAAGUGGGAGCUUGUGGGUUCAACAGUCGCAUUCUCCCCAACGUGUACCCCAUCUGUCUGGUGAGGGUUAAUGAGGACACCAUGGAGCUUGUUCGGAACAGCCGGGGUCUCUGCGUGCCAUGCCGCCCUGGAGAGCCAGGGCUCUUGGUCGGUCGUAUCAACCAGCAGGAUCCAUUACGCCGCUUCGAUGGCUAUGCUAACCAGGAUGCUACCAAGAAGAAGAUUGCUCACAAUGUAUUCAAGAAAAACGAUUCUGCAUAUUUAUCAGGUGACGUGCUGGUUAUGGAUGAACUGGGCUACAUGUAUUUCCGUGACCGCAGUGGAGACACUUUCCGCUGGCGAGGAGAAAACGUGUCCACCAUCGAGGUGGAGGGCGUAGUCAGUAGUCUUCUGAGUCAAACUGAUGUGGCUGUGUACGGUGUGUCAGUCCCAGGUGUGGAAGGUAAGGCGGGCAUGGCCGCCAUUGCAGAUGCUUCAGGGAGUUUUGACUGCAACAGUUUCCUGCAGAGUAUCCAGCGAGCCCUUCCUUCUUAUGCUCGCCCAGUGUUUCUACGAAUCUCUCCACAAGUAGACACCACAGGCACGUUUAAAAUCCAGAAAACGAGGCUGCAGAGGGAAGGAUUUGACCCACGUCUCACAACUGAUCAGAUCUACUUUUUGAACAGUAGGGCUGCACGAUAUGAGCCCGUGGACGAGGAGCUCUACAAUGGUAUAGUAGGGGGAAGGAUGUCUUUAUGAUGUGGAGUGUCCCAGUAGGGCAGUGAAAGUGCCUCAGUUAAAGAAGUGCUGUUGCGAGAGAAUAAAGUAUGCAAAUGGCAACAUCUGCAUCGAUCAGUGUCGGUGCACAGGUGUCUGCAUUUCAACUUUUCAGGAAACUAUUACGGGGACUACUGACAUAAACGGAGUACUGUUACAGAUGUUUUAACACUGUGUUAUUAACAGUCUAGGACUUGAUCUGAGGGUAUUUUUUUCCCUCUUUUCUUAAUUUUUAUUAAAGAAAUGCCUCAUAAAACUUUUGAGCAUCGCUGCUGCACAUGAAGUGGGUAUCUCCCACAAUCAGUUUAAAGUAGGAUACAUGUUAAAUUGGUGUUAGGACAGAAAGGGUAGGAUUAAGACAAAUAUUGUUGUCAUGAUCCUGAAAUGUACCCGUUUAGGAAAUACUGUAUGCUGCGAGGUUAAUUCUGUGUAGGCUUUACUGCAGUUUAGAAUGAGGCUGCAAGACCAGACUUCACAAUGCAGUCUUGAGUAGUUUAAACUCUAACCAUACACUCUAUUAAGAAUUUUAAUGCAAUGGAAAACUAAUCCCACUUGUCAGGUUUGAAGCUAUAAACAAUGCUGACACUGGUUUGCAAAUAAACACUUUGUUACUGUUUGUGCCUUUUAUGAAACUCCAUUUCUGUCACGUGAUUUUUAUGAAGAGAAGCUCAAAUGAAUGUGGAUAUUACAGUAGUGAUUCUGUGUCAGGCAAAGCUGUGACAUUUUAUGUAACAAAUCUUAUUAAUGUAGUAAUAUAUGCAUAUAGGUGUCAGGGAUUGUGAAUUGCAAUCUUACAGUACACUUCUUUUGUUGUAAAUUGAAUUAAAUAUUU